GAAAGGAGAGAUAAGGAGCAUAGAAUCUAGGCGUAUAUAUAUAACUUAACAUUGAAAUCUAUACACAAUCUGAUCCAGCGAUGCAAUUAUUCCUGAGUUUUGGUAGAAGCUUAAAAGAGAGCACACGAGAUCUCUGAUUUCCCAGCAAGAAAAUUAAGUGGAAGCUGUUCUUGAGGGAUUUGCCAGCACAGAAAAAGAGAAGAGAAGAAGCAUGGAUGGCAGUUAUUUUGGAGAGGGAAACAUGGGAAAUGAAAGAGUAAGUGGUUCUUCUUCUUCUUCUUCUUCAAGGAAAGGGAAGAAGAACAAUCAAGAGAAGCCAAAGCAACCACAGAGAGGAUUAGGAGUUGCUCAAUUGGAGAAAAUCAGAUUACAUGGUCAAAUUGGUUGUGGUGCUUAUCAUCCUCCUCUGCACGCUCCUUACCCAUCUAACUUCAACAAUGAAGAUCCAAGGGUGCAAACACCCUAUUCAUCACUACCAUCUUCAUCAUCUUUUUCUUACUCCUCUUCAUCUACUUCAUACUCAGCUUCAUAUGGCUUCCAACCCAACAUUGUGAUGUCCCUACCUGAGUAUGAAAGAACAAGCAUUAGAUAUGGUGAUUCUCAGCCAACUAAUACUGCAAGAUGGGAACAUGCCAAUUCCACUGCUCAAACAAGACCUUUACUUAACUUAUAUGACUCACAACACAUAGAUACCAAGAAGCAUAGAAGUGGUUCAGUGGGCGCAAGCAGUCAGAACUCUGAAUCAAGUGACACUCAAGAACCAGAUUUGGAGCUAAGACUAUCUCUUUGAUCUGCUGCCACUGGAAAGAGUGGCAAAUUCUAGUAAUUGUAAUGCUUUUGUUUACAAUUAUGAAUUGAAAAAGCACAUGAACAAGCCAAUGUGUUUGUUUUAAAGUUUCAUUGGGAUCAUACUCUUGUGUCAUGGAAGAUAUAGAUAUUGACUACUCUUUGCAUAAAAGCAAUGCAAACUUCUCUUUUAACGUAAAUCAUCAAAGAAACUCAAGAGAAGUUAUUUUUAUGAUAGCUAGCUCUUAUUUUAUUUGAUUCA